AUAAAUCAUUAACACUACUAUUCAUGACUCGCUACCUGAUGGAUAGAAUUACCUGCUUAGCAGCACAGGCGUAUUUUAUUUCAGUGUUAGAAAAUUACACACACAGGAAUAAACACAAACUGAGGACUUUUACUCUCAUUCUGUCUAGAAAAUGAUUUCAAACAGUAGCCUACAUAGGAUCUGAAAUCUGACAGCAAUGUCAACACUGUCAUUUGAGUCCCUCUGUUUAAAGGAUGAUGAACUUCCAUCUACAAAUGAAACCCAGGACACGGAGGAUGGAACAGACUUGGAGUCAGAUGAUAAAGAGGAAAGCCAAACAGAGAUGUCGAUUUCUGAAGUGUACCUCCAGACCUGUAAGAUAGUGGGUGUCGUGCCAGUCUCCUAUUUUAUACGAAACCUGAAUUCUCCAACUGUGACCCUCAGCCACCACGGGCUGGGACCUUUGGGAUGCAAGGCACUUGCUAUUGCUUUAGUGCCUGAUAUGAACAUCAACACUCUGGAACUGGCAGACAUUCACAUCCAAGCUGAGGGAGCCAAAUACCUUGUGGAGAUGCUUAUAGCUAAUUUCACCAUUCAGCACCUGGUAUGCCAUACUGCGAAUCCACCGCUAGAUGGCAGACGUGCUUUUCGAGUGAUAUUUUGCGUGACUUUUGUUGCUAAAAUGCUGCUGGACAAUAUUUCACUGAAAUCUCUGAAACAUUCAGGGAAUGGAUUCACUGAUGAUGAUGCUAAAUAUUUUGCAGAUGCCUUAUCUACUAAUGCCAGAAUAAAGGAACUAGACCUGAGCCAUAACGAGUUUUGUGGAAAAGAAGGACAUUUGGGUCAGCUGCUUACCAACAAUGAGGGUCUUGAGGUUUUGGAUCUGAGCUGGAGUCAUAUCCAGAUGAAAGGGGCUGUGGUGCUGUCAGCUGGACUGAAGGUAAACAUGAUUUUAAAACAUCUGGACUUAUCAUGGAAUGGUUUGGGAAAUGAGGGUGCUCUGGCCAUGGGAGAAGCAUUAAAAUUCAAAAACACGGUGUACCUUAAUCUCAACAACAACCGGCUCACCAACGAGGGUUGCAGGGGUCUGGAGUUCAAUGACACACUGAGGGUCCUACUGCUGGCUUACAACUCUCUGACAGUAGAGGGAGCACUUGCUCUGGUCAAUGUGGUGAAGAACACACCUAAAACUGCCCUAGAGGAGAUCAACAUAUGUAAUGUGCUGAUAAAUGAGACAUUUGUGCAUCUUCUGGAGGUGACAUGUCAGGAGCAUCCCAGUCGUGAUGUGCAGUACGGAGGAGUCGGAGGAUUCAUUGCUAAGAAACCACUAAAACAUGUGGAUCCAAUGAAAGUCAUCCAGGAUUACUUUGAUCAGCGGAAGCCUCGUCUGUGGGACUUCUUCCAUAACAUUGACAAAGAUGGCACCAUGCGAGUCCCGACUGCUGACUUGAGGAAGGCAGUGCAGCAAUCCAGUAUUCCUUUGGAUCCAUACCAGAUUGAGGAGCUGAUUCAGAGGCUUGAUCGUGACAGGACAGGAAUGGUAGACUACAGGGGACUGGCAGAUACAAGGGAACAGAUGAUGAGGGAUCAUCGCCGCCAACUGAGGAAGGUUGAGUCCCGUCAGAAGAAAGAGAAGCAGAAGAGUGACCGCAUUCUCAAGUCCUUCCAGAGCGCUGUGGAGGCCGUGACGCCCCGCAGCUCCCUGGUCAUGUCACCUGGAGGAGGCAAAGAGGAUUCAAGCGGCCCGCAGCACUUCUCUGCUACCCCACUCAGUUCCUGGCACCACAUCGUCAUGUCCAACAGCAGCCAUUAUUCCGUCACCAAUAUGAGCAAUGAGCACAUCCACCUGCCCAUGUUAGGAGGCACCACGCCUUACCAUCCUACCAGUUCCUCAGGGAUGAGAUCCUACUCCCAACCGAACCUGCUGGAUGAGUCCCCUUGCUCUGCUCCAGGCAAGUCCAUCUGCCAGGGUGUUCGUUCUGAUCCAGAGAUGGACCACAGCAAGCUUAGCCCCACUGCUAACAGCCUUACCAGGUCCAGGCCGGCUCUUAAUGCCAAGCAGCCUGUGGUCAAACCCAAAACCAAGAAAGUGAAGAGAAAGAAAACCAUGAAACGGGGGGAUAAAGGCUCAAAGAAUUCACAAACUGUGAAGUGACCAUCAAACAUUGUUUAUAUAACUCUGCAAAAGUAUAAUUCUAUUAGCCUGAUAUCCACAUCUUUGUUGUCACAGCUAUUAAAUAAAUUCAAAUUUCAAUCAUUUAA